AUGAUAACUUGGGCCAUCGAGCUAUCUCAGUAUGAUUUGCGAUACGAGCCCCGACAUGCGAUCAAGGCACAAGCAAUGGCAGACUUCUUGGUAGAAGUAGCGGGGGACCCGACCGAGGAAGCGGGCAUACGGUGGAGGCUCCAUAUGGACGGGGCCUCCAACCAAAUGUCCGGGGGUGCCGGGAUCAUCUUGGAAAGUCCUGCCGGGGUCAUAUACGAACAAUCAAUCAAGUUCGAGUUUUGCGUAUCGAACAACCAAGCGGAAUAUGAGGCCCUUCUAGGCGGCUUGAUCUUAGCUCGGGAAGUCGGGGCUACGAGGCUGGAAGUAUGCAGCGACUCACAGGUCGUGACCUCGCAAGUAAAUGGAAGCUACCAAGCCAGAGACUCGCUAUUGCAAAAGUACUUGGAGAAGGUCAAAGAGCUGAGCAAACAGUUUGAGGAGGUCGCGGUCCAACACGUUUCAAGGGAAAGGAACACACGGGCAGACCUCCUAUCCAAGCUAGCGAGCACGAAACCGGGGGCCGGCAACCAGUCCCUCAUUCAAGGCAUGACAAAAGAACCAGCAGUUGUCCUCCACCUGACAAAGAUAAGUCCCUCCUGGAUGGACCCCAUCACUGAUUACCUAGAAAACGGCAAACUCUUUGAAGAUGAGAAGGAAACUAAAACGUUGAGAAGGGAGGCAGCCAAAUAUGCGAUCAUACAAGGGCAACUGUUCAAAAAGGGACUCAGCCAGCCCUUGCUGAAAUGCCUGCAUCCCGACCAAAUGAACUACGUACUCAAGGAAGUCCACGAGGGGUAUUGUGGUCACCACAUCGGGGACAAAGCCCUAGCAAGAAAGCUCAUCCGAGCUGGAUAUUACUGGCCAUCAAUGAUGGAGGACUCCAAAGAAUUCGUGAAGAAGUGUGUCAAGUGCCAAGAGAAUGCCAACUUCCACAAAGCACCGGCUACCAAACUGAGCUUACUGACGUCCUCCCGACCUUUCGCACAGUGGGGGGUCGACCUCUUGGGACCUUUCUUGGUGAUAACCCGAUUCGGCAUCCCGGAAGUCGUUAUCUCAGAUAACGGGACGCAGUUCACUGAUAAAAAGUUUGUGGAGUUCCUCACCGGUCUGGGCAUAAAACAGAAAUUCUCUUCGGUGGAGCAUCCCCAGACGAACGGGUAA